CUCCCGUUCAUUUCUGCACCAGUCUCGGUUCCAUCAAACCAUCCGCCGCUCGCUCUUCGUCUGCUCCUACUUCCAUCUCGUCUGCGGCCUGCAGUCGAUUGGAUUCUCUCGUCUGCCGCAGAAAACGCGCUGCCGGCAACAUCUGCCCCUGCACCGCCGCCGUCAUCGCUACUGGGGUUGCUGCGCCAGCUGGAAAAGCGCCGCGCCAAUCCAGCAAAAAUCUUGUCCUUCUCUGCGCAUCUGAUACUGGCCGCUCGGUUAUCGCCUCUUUGCAUCCCAUCUGCAGAUAUUCGUGUGCGCCAUGGGUCUCCCACUCUUCGUUGCGCCUAUUGAGACCGACCUACCCGCCAAACAGGCCCCAAAGCAUGGCAUUCUCUCUCCUUCUCACUCCUCCAUCCGGCGCGCAACCUACCUGGAAAGGCGCAAUCGACGGAACCCCCUUAGGCGCUCCCCCGAACAGCCGACUUCUGCUCUCGGACGUGAGGCGCUGAGAGAUGUGACCUCCGGGGGUGAGCGGCAGAGGGGCCGGCUAGAGGAACAGAUGAGUUCCCUAUUUGGCGGCACUUGGCAGAGUGUCGACCCCCCAGGGAGAGCAGAAGAAGGCGGCCAAGAAGGCGACCUUGGCUGGUGGAGCUCUGAUCCUCGACCGCGGGCUAGGCAUGCGCGCAUCGCCGUGAUAAGCAACUCCAGGCGUAGUCGCAGCCCCCUUCCCGCAAUGAUUGGCUCAGUAUUCCCCGGUAGCCUCAUCUCCAGCAGCCGCCUCCCCCCACCUCGUCUUCUCGAUGGAGGACUAGAAAGGAUCCCUUUCGAAGCGUCAACGUCCCUCGACGACGGCCCUCCGGUAGCCACUUCGAACCGGUACAGAUCUCUGCACAGAAACCAGUCACGAAUGUACCGAGCCUUGCUCUCUGGGCGCACUUUGCCUAAUGACCGUUAUUCGCGCCCGCUUCCGGUUGAUGGCCUGGGAGAUCGCGAUAGAAGCUUGAGCCCAGAGGGCUGGGAUACCUUGCGCUCAACGCUGACUCCUGAUCCACAGCCGCCCAGCGCAGGCUCUUCUUUUGCAUCCGUAGCGGCCACUCAAGGCGCAGGCCCCUCCAACCCUCCUCCAACCGCUCCAGAAUUGCCCGACGAGACCAUGGACCCUGCUUGCGAAUCCGGCCACGAAAAUUCCGACGACGAGGAUACCUAUUUUGGGUAUCCUGGGUAUCGUGGCAUUCGUCGCGCACACCAGCGGAUCAGCCAAUUAGUCCCCGAAUACAACUUGGAUGGGCCAUCAGAUGGGCCACGUGCUCGGCAACCCGAGUCUUCGAGGUCCUCUGGACCUGGGCAGAGCUCGAGUGAUGUUCUAGCAAAUCAUUAUUCCCAGCUAUUAUUUGGCCAGACCUCACACGCAGGAUCGGAGGACGAAAGAAGAGCUGAUCGGCUCCGGCCAAACCGUGAGGGAUCCGCGGGGAGCGGACCCACCACUCAUACAGGAGAUGAAGAAUGGCUAGGUAUGCAGCGAAUCGUGAGAAAUCUCGCGGCGAGAGAAGAUAUCCCAGACGAAUGGUGGGCUGGGGCUGGCCUUAAUCGAACACUACCUCGGGAGGGGCCACACUGAGAGAUUCUCAUCUGACAGGCAUUAUUCAUUCGUAAAGUGAAGCAGUGUGGAUUGGAAAGCGUGAAUGCUUCCAUAUCGCUGCUGAAUUUUCAUUUAUUAGCUCAUGGCUGAUUUGUUUGUUUGUUUAUUCAUUCAUCAGCUCUUUUUC